AUGCUCAUCAGGGGUAUCAUUUUGGUUGCGAUUAUUAUGUUUGUUUCUGCGACCACGUUUCCACAAACAUAUGCUAGAUCAAAUCAGUAUAAAGCGGCUAGACUAGGUUGGUUUCAAUUUAGAUCAGGGGCUGAAUUUCUAGAAUUAGAAUCUCAAAAAUUACUGAACAUGUGUCUUCAUACUUCAUUGUUCUUCAGUAAUUUUUGGAAUUUCUUCCAAAUAUAUGAAUUCCCAGAUCAGGUUUUGAUGUAAAGCCUGAGUUCCAAAAAGUAUUUCAAAAAAUUAUUUCAAAUUUCAGGGCUACGACUGCCAAAUUUUAUGCAAUACAGAACUCCUGCUGUUGAAAAACGACGAAUCGGUCUACGACUCCCAAAUCUGAUCAAAUUCAAGGAUAAUGGUUUUGAUCAACAUAUGGAAAAACGACGAAUGGGAAUGCGACUUCCAAAUAUCAUAUUUUUACGGAAUGAGAAAAAGAAUGUUCUUGAUUAUUGA